AAUUAACCCAAUUAACACCCCCAAUUAACCCCUGCAGGUUCAGAACAUCUCCCAGUCCAUGGAGGUGCUGGACCUGCGCACGUUCCGGGACCUGCAGUACGUUCGGAACACGGAGGCGAUGAUGAAGGGCCUGGACUCGCGGCUCCGCGUGGCCUCUGAGAGCCACAAAUCCCUCAAUUCCCGCAGCUUCCAGGUGCCAAAUUCCCGCUUUUCCCGCUUUUCCCAUCCCCCAAAAAUCCCUUUUCCCAACUGCCCCAUCCCCUCCCAGGUCUGGUACAUGGACGGUUACUACAAAGGCCGCCGCGUGCUGGAAUUCCGCUCCCUCUCCGACUUCAUCUCCGGCCAAAACUUCCUGCAGCACCUCCUCCCUCAGCCCUGGGCCGGCACCGGCCACGUCGUCUUCAACGGCUCCUUGUACUACAACAAAUUCCAGAGCAACCUCGUUAUCCGUUACCACUUCCGAUCCCGGAGCGUCCUGGUCCAGCGGAGCCUCCACGGCGCCGGCUUCAACAACACCUUCCCGUAUUCCUGGGGGGGAUUCUCCGACAUGGAUUUCAUGGUGGAUGAGAACGGACUGUGGGUGGUUUACACCACCAACCAGAACGCCGGCAACAUCGUCCUGAGCCGCCUGGACCCGCAUUCCCUGGAGGUUUUACGGACUUGGGACACGGCGUAUCCCAAACGGAGCGCGGGGGAAUCCUUCAUGAUCUGCGGGAUCCUCUACGUCACCAACUCCCACCUGGCGGGAGCCAAGAUUUAUUUCGCUUAUCACACGAACACUUCCAGCUACGAGUACACCGAUAUCCCGUUCCAUAAUCAAUAUUCCCACAUUUCCAUGCUGGACUACAACCCUCGGGAAAGGGUUCUGUACACCUGGAAUAACGGCCACCAGGUCAUCUACAACGUCACGCUCUUCCACGUCAUCAACACCGCCGGGGAGCUCUGAAUUCCCUCAUUGCCCACUUUUCAUUUCCUGCCUUUCUUGCCCCAUUUUACCCCCUUUUAUCCCCAUUUUUUUCCCAUUUUUUCCC